AUGCUCCUCACCCCCGCCCUCCUCACCCUCCCCCUCCUCGCCGCCGCCAUCCCCACAAACCGCGGCCAGCUCGCAUUCAACCAGGCCCCCGCCCUCAGCGACCACGCGAGCGGCGACAUCAAGCACGCCAACUAUGAGGGUUUCUCGUUGGACCUCAAUGAACUCAGGCUGGUCCAGUUCAGCGAGGAUGAGCCCCCGGUCUGGAUGACCGAGCUGCAGAAGAUCGAGACCAAGGCGAAGGGUGUCCGUUUCAUGGACAUUACCGAUACACCAAGCCUAGGGUUCUCGGGCUACCUCCUGCCCUCGGCCGCCAAUGUCAAGUACUCGUACCCCACCCCAGGCAACCACACCAAGGAGAUCAAGAAGAUUAUCAAGGGGCUUGAUAUCGGCUACAUGAAGAAGUUCUUGACCAAGUUUACUUCCUUUCGCACGAGGUAUUACAGGUCCGACACCGGCAAGGAGAGUCAGCAGUUCCUCUUGAAGACCCUCAAGGACAUCGCGAAACCCCACUCGGGCAUCACUAUCAAAGAGUUCCCGCACCCCUGGGGCCAAAACUCCAUCAUCGUCCACUUCUCUCCCUCCUCCUCCUCCGCCAAAGAAGAGCCUGUGACCAUCAUUGGCGCCCACCAAGACUCUGCCAACUCUUGGCCCUUCCUCCCCGCCCCCGGCGCCGACGACGAUGGGUCCGGUACAACCUCCUCAUUGGAAGCUUUCCGCAAUCUCGUCGCCGCCAACUACACCCCCUCCUCCCCUCUCGAGUUCCACUACUUCUCUGCUGAAGAAGGUGGACUCCUCGGUUCGCAGGCUGUGGCAAAGAGCUAUGAGGAGGAAGGCAAGAAGGUGCGGGCGAUGUUGCAGAUGGAUAUGACUGCUUGGGUGAAGGAGGGGACGGAGGAGAGGGUGGGCGUUGUGCAGGACUUUGUGGACCCGGGACUUACCGAUUUUGUUGAGGGGCUCAUCUCAGAGUACUUGUCUAUUCCUUCCGUCAAGACCAAGUGCUCUUACGCUUGUUCCGAUCACGCUUCUUUCGGUAAAGCUGGCUACCAAUCUGCCUUUGCCAUCGAGGCCACCUUUGAAGACUCCAACACACGCAACAUCCACUCCACCCAAGAUACAUUCGACCACCCCGAAUUCUCUUGGACGCAUAUGCGAGAGUUCUCCAAGCUUGCUAUCGCUUUUGCCCUCGAGCUUGCUGGUUCUUCCGAGUAG